AUGUCAGUAGUGGCGCAGAAAGGAGAUGUGCUCAUCGCGGUCGUCGGUGUGACGGGCGCUGGUAAAUCUACCUUCAUCAACAAGGCCACCGGGCAGACCACGAGUUCAGGCAUGCGGGAGGGGAACACCUUACGUUCUUGUACACAGAAGGUCCAAGUUGCCCGUUGCCAGAUCGGGGGCAAGUGGGUUUGUCUGAUUGAUACGCCUGGAUUCGACGACACCAACGUGAUGGACUCUGAUACCUUGAAGAGCAUUGCGGAUUUCCUACACCUUUCCUACCGUGACAACAAACUACUCCACGGAGUCAUACUUCUUCAUCCAAUCGAUGGGACUCGUGUAACAGGCAGCGAGAGAAGACGCACACGACUUUUUGAGAAAAUCUGUGGAGCGAACGCAUACGCAAGGAUUGUCAUAGCUACAACUAUGUGGGAAAAGAUGGCUAACCAAGCAGAGGGAGCUCGUCACACGCAAGAGAGGAUUGCUGACAAGGAGUUCUGGGGCGCCAUGGUGUCCCAGGGUGCGAAGGUAGAGAAGCAUCUCAAUAAUGCUCAGUCUGCUCGGAAAAUCGUCUCGAUGGUGGUCAAUAACCCCUCUGUAGUUCUACAGAUGCAGAGGGAGCUCAACCAGCAUCAGGGCAGCGUCUACAACACCAGUGCGGGAAAGCAGCUAGAUGCAGAUCUCGACCAGACAGGUGACCAAGUACGAAGAGAGAUCGACAAGCUCAGGGGAGAGCGUAAUGCAGCGGCAGAGAUACAAGAGCUUCGAGCUGAGCUUGCUAAAGUUGAAGAGGAUCGUCAACGUCUUAGAAGCGCAAAGACGUCAUGGCAGCUCUUGACUCCUGCAUGGCUCGCUACACUCAUCACCGGCGCCGGCGUAGCCAUCGCAUCUCCUGCAGCAUGCAUCGUCCAGUAG